AUGUUCUCCAUCGGCCGACCAGAGAAAGGGCGAUGGACUCGGGUGAAAGCCGAUUUCUUCUCUCAUUCCUUCUUUGAUUUCUUUCUUUCUUUCUUGUGUUCUUCAUUGUUUGUCUCUUUAUUUCUUUUUGAUUUGAUUUUUUUUUUAUUUCAUUCACACUUACUUUCUUUAAUUUCUCUCUGUUUUAACUUUAUUCUUUUUAUCUUUGUCUUUAUACUUCAUUCUUUUCUUUCUUUCUUUCUUCGCUUUCUUUAUUCUUUUCUUCUAUUCUUUUUUCGCUUAAAACCUUUGCCUUUCCUUCCUUUCUUUUUUCUUUCUUUAUUUUCUUUUUCUAUUCUUUCUUUCUUUCUUGCAUUAAUUCCUUCUUUGCUUGAUUCUUUCUUUCUUUCACUUCUUUCCCCCCCCUUUCUGAUUGAGAUAAUUUCUCGUAUUCGUUUUUCUUUUCUUUAUAAAAUGAAAACAUUUCUUUCUUUCUUUCUUUCUUUCUUUCUUUCUUUCUUUCUUUCUAUUCCAUUUCUACCUUAUAAAUUGAAAGCAUUUUUCAUUCAUUCAUUAAUUCGUUCUUUCUUUCUUUUUUUUAAAUUGGACUUUUUUUCGUUGUUCUUUGUUCUUAUUCUUUUAAACAGAGCUCAUUCUCGCUUUCUCUCUCUCUCUCUUUCUCUCUCUCUCUUUCUCGCUUUCUCUCUCUCUCUCUCUUUAUCUCUCUCUCUUUCUCGCUUUCUCUCUUUCUCGCUUUCUCUCUCUCUUUUUCUCUCUUUUUCUCUCUCUCUCUCUCGUUUUCACAUCCAUACCUCAUGUCUUUCUUUCAUUGCCCGCCGCCCACUGUGCAGAUCCGAUUCAGUUCAGUUUCUUCUUCUUUAUUUUUUUUUAUUUUUCAGACCGAAUCGGCAGAUGUCCUGUCCAAAAGACAAGAACCUGCUUCUUUGA